GUGUGGAGAGCUGGGAGAAGGGGGAGCAGGGCAGCAGCGCCGGGGCUUGGUUUAGAUGCGGAUUACCCCUGUUCUAGUGGCUCCACCGAGAGAUGAGAGGUUCCCCGAACCACUGAGUCUGUAGAGGAGUGUUCUCCGCCUCAGGUACUUCUGUCAACAGGAAAUGGAGUACAACUACCUUGCCUUCACUUAAUCCUUGUGCAUUUUCACUGCACUGAAGCAAAGCGCCAAGUUGUGAAGGAAUCACGAGGUUCUGUUUUUAAGCAGAAUGCAAAUACGGAUUCCUUGAGGAAAUAUCAAAGUUACAUUACAUAACCCGCUCUAGCGGGUUAGCGCUAUGCGAGCAUGACAUUAUAAGAACCGAGGCCUGUUUGUGCCUUCCAUUGCCGCUGUUACAGGAGGGCAAAAUGGCAAAACCUUUCUACAGACUCCAGCGCUUCUUGCGGCGGACUCAGUUGCUAUUUCUGUUCCUGGGUGUGGCCUACAUCAUGGCAGGAAGCGUCCUUUUGCUUCAGAGAUCUGGACUGGUGAUAUCUCAGCGUGGUAGUAGCAGCACUUUCCUCAUUCCGCCCUCACUGCCUUCACCUCCCAGGGCUCUGGAGCCUCCUGCUCUCAGGACAGGCUAUGGCAUGAUGGGUCCUCGGUUCAGUAUAAAAGGCUAUCAGGGGAGUCAGUCAGAGGACUGGUCUGGACCACAGUGGCUGAUGUCACGCAACCAAGAGAUCCGGCACCUGCGCAGACGGUGGUUCCAUAGCCUUAUGUCUGAGCAGGACACGACCAGAGUUGAGAGAGUCAGUCCGAAGAGGAAAGUCAGACACAAAGGUACCUACAUCGGCUGUUUUUUGGAUGAUUCCAAGGACCGGGCCUUGAAGGGCAUGGUGUUCUAUGAUUUCCGCAAGAUGACCAGCACUCUGUGUCAGGACACAUGCACAGAAAGUGGGUACCAGUAUGCUGGGCUGGAGUACGGGUCCGAGUGUUACUGUGGCAACCGCAUCACCAGUGCACGGAUGAAGGAAGAAGAGUGUAAUUUGGACUGCAAGGGAGAGAAGGGCUCUGUCUGUGGGGGUGUGGCCCGUCUGUCUGUCUUCAAGGUGGAGGAGGUUCUUCCUGGCCAGAGGAGAUACAGGAACGUACGUUAUCGUGGCUGCUUCAAGAGACCCGAUAACACUACAGCAGCAGACCUGGUCCACAUGGUGCAGCCCAACCUCACGUCCCAUACCUGCAUUGAGGCCUGCAUGGACAAGGAGUUUCCUUUAGCCAUGCUGAGCAGACCAGACUGUUUCUGUGGCUAUGCCACUCCACAGUUCUCCCUCCAUGAGCCUGUGGAAGAAGAACACUGUGCCCUGGUUAACAGCAGCCUGCCAACCCCAAAACCCAGCUCACACUUCCUGCAGGUGUACCAGACUCCUGUGCAGGAUUCAAGAUGCACUGAGAGGAAGUUUCUGCCAGAGAAGUCAAGUUGGCUGGUGGCGCUAUCCAGUUUCCCUGGAGCAGGCAACACCUGGGUGAGGCACCUAAUUGAACUAGCCACUGGAUAUUACACAGGGAGCUACUACUUUGAUGGAACCCUUUAUAACAGAGGCUUCAAGGGCGAGAAAGAUUACUGGAAAAGUGGACGGACCAUCUGUGUGAAGACACACGAGAGUAGCAAGAGGGACAUAGAGAUGUAUGACUCAGCCAUCUUGCUCGUCAGGAACCCAUACCGCUCUCUCAUGGCAGAGUUUAAUCGCAAAUGUGCCGGCCACCUUGGCUAUGCCUCUGACCAGCACUGGAAGAGCAAAGAGUGGCCAGAGUUUGUGGGCAGUUACGCGUCCUGGUGGGCGUCCCAUGUGCUGGACUGGCUCCGUUAUGGCCGGAGGCUGCUGGUUGUUCAUUAUGAGGAGCUGCAGGAGUCGCUGGUGCCCAAGCUGCGCUCCAUCACCUCCUUCCUCAACGUCAACACCACUGAGGAGCGCCUACUCUGUGCAGAAAACAACAAGGACGGACACUUCAAACGCUCGGGUGCCCGGCGACCCACCUUUGAUCCCUUCACCCCAGACAUGAGGAGGUUGAUUGACGGGUAUAUUGGUGCUGUGGACCAGGCCCUCAGAGCCAGCAACUAUACAGGCCUGCCUCAGGAUUACCUCCCAAGAUGAUGAGGGUUCAAAAAGUGAACGUAGAACUAUGCGAAACCUGGAAUUUACAGUCCAGGGUG